CCCUCUCCCAGAGCCAUGAGCGCUACUAGACAGAAGGCGGAAAGGAGUGACGGCAACACGGGCAGGAGGGAACUAGAAACUGAGCUGCGGGACAGAGCCCACCUGAGCCAGGAGCGGCGGCUCAAACAGGCUACCCAGUUCGUACACAAGGACUCUGCUGACCUGCUCCCAUUGGACAGUCUCAAGAGGCUUGGCACCUCCAAGGAUCUGCAGCCACACAGUGUGAUUCAGCGUCGCCUGAUGGAGGGGAACCUGGACCAGUUUCUCGGGGAGUCCUCCUUGGUUUGGGGCCAAGUUCAUGGAGCAGAGAGUAGUAGGAAGACCAGCAGAAAGGAGACUCCGGCUCUUCUUGUUCACUGCAAGUGCAGAGACCAGGUAUUACAAGUGGCAGUGGAUACAGGUACCCAACACAACCAAAUCUCUGCCAGAUGCCUCAGUCGUCUCGGGCUAGGGGAGAGGGCCCUAAAAGCCCCAGGUGGGAAGAAGGCUCCUGGUCCCCUGACUCAUGUGGAGCAGCUGGAGCUACAGUUAGGGCAAGAAACAGUGGCAUGUUCAGCUCAGGUGGUUGAUGAUGAGAGUCCUGAAUUUUGCUUGGGACUGCAGACACUGAUAUCUCUCAAGUGCUGUAUCGACCUGGAGCAUGGUGUACUACGGCUGAGAUCCCCCUGCCCAGGGCUACCAUUCCUGCCUUUCCACCAGGAGCCUGGCCAGUGACGAUAACCAGAGUCUAUCCCCAGGAGAAAACACAAAGCCUUAGGGGAAGAGUUGUGGGCAGUGAGGGUGCUGCCCACCACCCUGACCCUUGCUCAUAUGUUUUG